GACCCCUCUCCCAGGAUGGCUCUGGUGGUGACGCCCUGGCAGGAGGAGCUUCCUGGGGGUCCCCCGGGGGUCCCCCCGCAGCUGCCAGCCCCAGCCCCCCAGGAGCCCAGCGGAGGGAGCAGCGGGGAGGGCAAGGCAUCGGCCGUGGACUGUCUGGUGUGUGGGGACAAGGCCAGCGGGAAGCAUUACGGGCAGUUCACCUGCGAGGGCUGCAAGAGCUUCUUUAAACGCUCCGUGCGCCGCAACCUCAGCUACACCUGCCGGGCCAGCCGCCAGUGCCCCGUCGACCAGCACCACCGCAACCAGUGUCAGCACUGCCGCCUCACCAAGUGCCUCAAGGUCGGCAUGCGCCGUGAAGCUGUGCAACGAGGCCGAAUGGCUCCUGCGCAGCCCAGCCCGGGCCAGUACCCCUUUGCCAACGGUGACCCCUACAACUGCCACUCCUACCUGACGGGCUUCAUCUCCCUCCUCCUCCGGGCAGAGCCCUACCCCACUUCCCGCUACGGGGCCCAGUGCCUGCAGCCCAACAACAUCAUGGGCAUCGAGAACAUCUGCGAGCUGGCCGCCCGCCUCCUCUUCAGCGCCAUCGAGUGGGCCAAGAACAUCCCCUUCUUCCCGGACUUCCAGCUGGCCGACCAGGUCUGCCUUCUGCGCAUGACCUGGAGCGAGCUCUUCGUCCUCAACGCCGCCCAGUGCUCCAUGCCGCUCCACGUGGCUCCCCUCCUGGCCGCCGCCGGCCUCCACGCCUCGCCCAUGUCCGCCGACCGCGUGGUGGCCUUCAUGGACCACAUCCGCGUCUUCCAGGAGCAGGUGGAGAAGCUGAAGGCUCUGCACGUCGACUCGGCUGAGUACUCCUGCCUGAAGGCCAUUGUCCUCUUCACCCCAGAUGCGGUGGGGCUGACGGACUUGUGCCACGUGGAGAACGUCCAGGAGAAGUCCCAGUGUGCCUUGGAAGAGUACGUCCGGAACCAGUACCCCAACCAGCCCAGCCGCUUUGGGCGCCUCCUCCUGCGCCUCCCCUCUCUGCGCAUCGUCUCCGCCCCUGUGAUCGAGCAGCUCUUCUUUGUGCGCUUGGUAGGAAAGACCCCCAUCGAGACGCUGAUUCGAGACAUGCUCCUUUCGGGGUCCAGCUUCAACUGGCCCUACAUCUCCAUGCAGUGAAAAUAGCCGGGGGUUGGAGGCCGUGACUGCAGCCUUGU